AUGUGGCCGGCUUGGCAACUGAUAACGCUGCUGGGGCUUCUGGCCAGAGUUUUGGCCCUUCACUCAACGCCCGACAGAGCCAUGGCCAUAAGCGCGGCGCUGCUUGGCCAGGACUUUGAGGAUUUUCAGCCAUACUUCGCGGAGAAGAAGGAACCGGAACCGGAUCAGUUGGUGGCCGCCACAAAGCACGAAGAACACUCCGAGGGCGGCGAGGAGGAGUCUGGCGAGGAGCAUCACAGCGAGCACUUCCACAAAAAAGGAGGCAAAAGUAAGAAGGGUCACAAGCACGACGAGCACUCCGAGAAGGGUGAGAAGGGUCACCACGAUAAGGAGGGCAAGAAAGGGGAGCACGGCGAGGAGGAGGGUCACGAGAAGAAGCACAAGCACUCCGAGUCGCAUCACAAAAAGAAGAAGAAGGGCUCCAAGGGCGAAAAGGGCAGCGAGUUCGAGGAUCAUGGCUCCUACAAAAAGGGUCACUCCAUCAAGGGCAAGCACAAUGUCCACAAACUAGACGAGAACAAAAAGGAGAAAAAGUUCUACGACGAGGAUCACAAUGAGGGCGGUGAGGAGAAGCACGGCGGAUUCGAAGAGUCCAAGAAGCAUAAAAAAGGCAGCAGCUUCAAGAAGGGUCAUCACAAAAAGGGUGGACACGAGGAGCACUACGGCAAGAAGGGUCACAGCAAGAAGGGCCACAAGAAGAAGGGUCACAAGGGACACAAGAAGAAGCACGAGGAGUCCAAGAAGUGGGGCCACAAAAAGGAGCACGGCAAGAAAGGUGGCGAAGACCACAAAAAGAAGUGGCAUAAAUCCAAGAAACAAAGCAGCGAACACGAUCAUGGACAUCAUUAAACUUCCAGUUGACCUUCUUAGGAUUUUUACUAUUUUAUUUUGUAUUUUGUAAGCAUUAAAAAC